AAAUUAAAGACAGGUGCUGUUCGCGACAUCGACCGUUACCAGAAAAAGUUAGCUGACCGUCUACAAAAGCAAGCAGAAUUAGAUAAGAACGAAAAUGGUGCGGAAGAGACAAGCUAACAUGGAGAGGUUUGCGGGCAGUAUUGCUAGUCUUGUUGGCGGAGAAAAGCAAAAGAACCGAUCUGGUCAAAGAAUCGGCAAACCUAAGUUUCAACUAGACAGAAAAAAGGAAAGAAAGCUUAAGAAAGAAGCUAAGAAGGAGAAAAGGAUAACACACAUUCUCCUGAAAGCAGGAGCACAACUUCCUGAAGCUGGGGAGCCUGGCAAAGCAGUCAAUAAUAAUGAUAAGGUGAGCAAAGAGAAAAAGAAUAAACCCAAAAAGACCUUAGUCGUCAGCAGAGAGAAUAUUCAGUCGUUACAGUCUAAACAAGACAUGAUUUACAAAUCUGCUGGAAGCAGUAAAAUGACUCCAGAAGAAGCCGAGGUUGCCAAUAAGAAAGAGGAUAGAGUUAUUAAAGAUAUGGGUAAACGCUUGGGUUUUAGAAAGAAAGGAGACGACAUAACACCCAAGUCAAUAGAUGCAGAUGGUCUAGGCUAUGUCUUGCAUUUCAAAGACGACAGCAAGAAAAAGGAGAAGCAAAAAGAGCUAGCGGAAUCUGCUGCUGACGACUUAUUUAAAGAUCUUGAUGACUCUGGCGAUGAAACCAAGAAACCUGACGAAGGUGAAGAUGAUGAUUCUGAUUUUGAUGAUUUCGGUGAGGAGGAUCAGGUUGAUGAAGAGUUUUCUAUGGAUGAGGAAGGUGGGUUUGAUGAGGACACUCCCAUGUCAGGAGGAGAAGAAGAUGCUGAAGAAAUACCUCCAGAAGAUGAAGAAUUCUCUGAUGAGGAUUGCAAGAAAGCAGAAACUAACGUCGAGAAAGACGCAGAAGGUGAUGCUCUUAAUAACGAAGAGGAAACAAAUUCAUCUAUAACGAAGGUUGAAACCCCUGCCCCCACAACAUAUUUACCACCUCACCUUAGAAACCUUGAUCCUAACGCUAUCUUGAAAAGGAAAAUACGAGGUUACGUCAACAAAGUCUCUACCUCAAACAUCAAACAGAUUUUAACCGACGUUGAACUCGUGUAUCAAGACUACCCCCGAGGAGAAGUGAACAGGGCAAUCCUAGAGGCUGUCUCCCGGUCACUCCUCAUCAACACCAUCAUGCCCGCUAGGUUGUGUGCUGAGCACAUAUUACUCAUCGCUUGUAUGACGGCUAAUAUUGGUCCCGAGUUUGUUAGUCCAUUGCUUGAGGAUCUAGCUGAGAAACUUACCGAAGAGAUGACUGAAAGACACGGAAAACUGCUCAACAACAUUGUUUCGAUGAUUUGCUUUCUAUAUGCUUUGAAAGUCGUGUCCUGCAACUUGAUAUUUGAAAUCAUUAGAACUCUGUUGAAAUCUUUUACUGAGGCUGAUUUAGAAGUUCUGCUUUACAUCUUCAAAUCUGUCGGGCUCGAUAUCCGCAAAGAUGAUCCUCAAGCACUGAAAGACAUUGUUCAGAUUGUCAAUGAAACUGGUGCCAAAAUCAAAGAAAAAUCAUCGCGAUUCAUUUGGUUUGUCGAAACACUAACCGCAGUGAAGAACAACAACGUCAACAAAAUUCCAAACUACGACAAAUCUGAUAUUACUGAGAUCCAGAAAGCGUACAAAGCUGCAGUAAAACAAGCUCCAAACAACCUCCAAGUCACAUUAAGAGACCUGCUGGACGCUAAAACUAAAGGAAGGUGGUGGGUUAUAGGGGCCGCUUGGACCGGGUUGGAAGAGAAUAGAAAGGUGAAACAGGUGGAGUUUGAUAGUAAGUUGCUGGCACUUGCUAAGAAGAACCACAUGAACACAGAGGUUAGACGGAAUGUUUUCUGUGUUUUGAUGUCCUCAGAGGACUACGAGCAUUGCUUUGUGAAGAUGAUGAAACUCAAUGUCAAGGACAAGCAAGAGCGAGAGAUCAUUUAUGUGACUGUUCUAUGUGCUUUGAAGUGUAAGACUUUCAAUCCUUACUAUGUCAAUGUUAUCAAGAAGUUUUGUGAACAUAGUAAGAAUUAUCAGAUAACCAUGCAGUUUUCAAUUUGGGACAGGUUGAAGGAUCUGAAGUCUCUGAAUGCUACCAAAACUAGGAACUUUAUUUUACUUUUGUCAUCCUUGAUCUCAAACAAAACUAUUUCAUUAUCAGUUCUUAAAAUCGUAAAUUUUGCAGAGAUUGGCACUGAUGAUGUUGACUUUUUCAAAGAAUUAUUCCGUAAGAUUUUGAAUGUAUCAGAGGUUCUGAUAACUGAAAUAUUUGGACGUUUACAACCGUUACCUCUAGACAAUCUUAAAAAUGGGAUCAAAGUGUUUCUGAAACAUUUCCUUAAACCUGAGUUAAAUGCAGAGGAGAAGAAGAAUCUUAGAAUUGCUUUGAAGUGCUUUUGAUUUCGUGUGACUGGGUCGACGGACAGAUAAUUUAUUAAGUCACUGAGUAGCUUUUAUUCAAAUGUUAUUCUCUAAGAAUCCAAUAAUUUAU